AUGGCCGACUUUGCCGCGGCCGGUCUGCGACUGACGCAGACGCUCUUCGCCGCCAUUGGCCUCGUCGCGCAUGCCACCAGCUUUCCCAGCGGCCACGCUGGGCAUGGCGUCGCGAUCCAGCUCGGCGGUCCCACGUGGGACGCGUGCCUCCUUGUGCUCUGCGUCGCACUCAUCUACGGUCUCUGGCGCGCGAUUCCCGAGGUCCGGCGCGUCCGCCAGCUGCGCAGUACUAGCGUCUACGAUACGACGCGGACCGACUUGAACCACAGCACGAUGCUGGAGGCGCUGACCGUGACACCGACGAAGCGUCGCGAGCUCCUCACCGACGCCGCCUUCUUCCUCGUUGCAUUUAGCCUUGGCGUUGGUGCGUCUCUCGCCUCGUACAACAGCGACUGCACGGAGUAUGCGAGCGCGGGCUUGGCGAGCUGCGGGCUACUGCGGCUCGAGAUUGCGGCCGUGUACCUCGUCGGACUGCUGUCGCUGGGCGCCGUAGGGCUCUGGCUCCAUGGCAUUGACCCGGAAGAGCGGUUUGUCUACAUCAAGUUUGUGCUCUGGCCGCCACGAGCCAGCGGUGAUCACGAUGACGCGGGCCACGUGAGCGCAACCGACCACGACGACGUCAAGUAUAGCGAAAGCGCCGUGCGCUACACGGGCGCCGGCGUCCCCGACUCGGCGCGGGGCCACAAGCCCACAUUUCGUGCCAUUGACGUCUAG